AUGGACGCCUUGUGGGUUGCUUUUGCCGUUUUGGUUGCUGUAACCCUUCUGUAUCUCCUUGGAUCCUAUAUCUCCACGCUACAAUGUAUGCAGAAAUGCUGCCAUUGGCUUCUGUGUAAAUCUGCCUCUCACGAACCUAAUGCCCCAGAGUGCCCCAGGCCAGCGGCAGAGACGACCAAACGCCGAAGACUCCUUUCCCUGGAUACAUUCAGAGGACUUUCUCUUACCCUCAUGAUCUUUGUAAACUAUGGAGGCGGUGGAUACUGGUUCUUCGAGCACGCGGCCUGGAACGGACUGACAGUUGCAGACUUGGUCAUGCCAUGGUUUGUUUUCAUCAUCGGCACCUCUGUAGCCCUGGCUUUCCACGCGAUGACGAAAAGAGGAGUCAGCCGGAUGCAGCUCGUGCGUAAAAUGACCUGGAGGACCGUGGUCUUGUUUGUGAUUGGCAUCUGUUUCCUGAACUACGGCUCAGCGGAUGGUCCAUUGUCAUGGAGAUGGGCAAGAAUUCCAGGAGUUCUGCAGCGUCUUGGAUUUACCUACUUUGUUUUGGCUUUAAUGCACGUCUGCUUCGGCAUAAAAGAUCCUGACAGCUAUCAGGUUGGUAAUUGCCGGGCUUCACUCAGAGACGUCCUUCUCUACUGGCCAGAGUGGAUUGUCGUGGCAGCCCUGGAGACGUUGUGGCUCUGUCUGACAUUCCUGCUGCCUGUACCUGGCUGCCCCAGAGGAUACCUGGGCCCUGGGGGAAUAGGAGACUAUGGACAAUACACCAAUUGUACGGGCGGUGCAGCAGGUUACAUCGAUAAGUGGUUGCUUGGAGAAAACCACAUCUACCGCCAUCCCACAUGUAAGGAGCUCUACAAGACCACCCAGCCUUUUGAUCCUGAAGGCAUUCUGGGGACAAUCAACUCCAUCGUGAUGGCUUUCUUUGGACUUCAGGCGGGGAAGAUUAUCCUAAUGUACCGCCAGCGGCCACGGAGCAUUUUAAAGAGAUUUCUCAUCUGGGCGAUUUUGCUGGGGAUUCUCUCUACUAUCCUAUCCAGCUUCAACCAAAAUAUAGGAUACAUUCCCAUCAAUAAGAAUCUCUGGUCUCUGUCCUACGUCACCACCCUAAGCACCUUCUCCUUUGUCUUGCUGGGAAUCCUGUUCUAUGUCGUGGAUGUGAAAAGCUGGUGGGGAGGCCAACCUUUCAUUUUCCCAGGGAUGAAUUCAAUCUUCGUCUAUGUCGGGCACUCGCUUCUGGGCAGCUACUUCCCUUUCAGCUGGGAAAUGAAGUCUCCGGCCUCCCACGCCGAGCCCCUCUUCCAAAGUAUUCUGGGCACAGCGAUCUGGGUCUUCGUUGCGUAUCUCCUCUACAGGAAGAAGUUCUUUUUGAAAAUAUGA